UCAGUUUUCACUUCACCAAAAGAUGCCCAACUGCUUUCUCUAGAUUUACUUUGAUUCUGAUGAGUUAUAAAUAGAAAGUUGGCUUUGGGCUUUUCUUAGUUUUAUACCCCAACGGCCCAAAUCAUUUUUACAAAUGCUAUUGGGCCUUUGGGCAACGAAACCUGCCAAUCCAUUUCCAGCCAUCUGAGUUUCAAUGGAUCUUAGCAUCAUUGAAAUGGACAAGCCUGCGAAAGCCCAUCUUAACCGACGAGCAAAAAGUAUACAAAUCAUUUUCCAAUGGAUCUCUUGCGAGACUCCUUUGGGUCCUUGUCUUCUUACGCCAUCAACUUCAUCGUCUUCUUCUUUUUCCUCUUCGCUUUCCUAUUUUGAUCAAUCAGUCAUCUUAUUCUGUGUUCUCUUCCCUCAUCUUCCCCUAAUCUUUCAUGGCAACGCCACCACCCUCUCCUAUAAACCUUUGCACUGUCUUAACUGAAUCUAAACACAUCAUCAACGCCCACUCCCGCCAUUUCCUCGCUCUCUCUGUCCUCUUUCUCCUCCCUCUCUCCUUCUAUUUGAGUGUCUUCCCCACACUUCAGAACCUCCUUGCUCCAUCCUCAACUCUCAACUCUAAAGUCCUUCUCUCGACUUCUAUCUUCCUCCAUCAACACCCAUCUAAUCUUUUCACCAUUAACAACCUUGUUUUCUCUCUCAUAUUCUCUCUUUUUGUCCUUGUUUUUGCUCCUCUUGCUGUUGGUUCCAUCACCUACAGCGUUCUUCAUGGUUUCUAUGGUAGACCCGUCAAGCUCUUAGCCGCUAUCAAAUCGGCUUUCACUUCUUUCCUUCCCCUCUUAAUCACAAUCAUUUUAACCCAAAUUAUUGUGUCCGUGAUAUUUUUCGUUUCUGGGUUUUUCCUGUUUUUGGUGUUUAAGGCCAUUCAUCUGGCGGGGUUUCAAGUUGAGAUCUCAUCUCCUUAUUUUAUUGGCUUCUCUGGGGUUGUUUUGAUUGUUUUGAUAUUGGUUUUAGUGUAUUUGCAACUUAAUUGGUCUCUCGUAGGUGUCCUUGUGGUAGUGGAAUCGAGUUGGUGGCUUGAGCCAUUGAGGAGGAGUAGCUAUCUCAUAAAUGGAAUGAGAGGAGUGGGUUUGGCUUUAUUGCUGUUUUUUGAGUUCUUGGUGGGUCUUUUGUUAGUCAUUAGCUUGGUAUCAGGGAUGACACUGGGUAUUGGCGCUACCAAUGGAUGGAAGAGUUGUGCAUUUGUUGUGCAAAUUGUGGUAACUUCAACACUGUUAAUGGUGUUGUUCCUUUACAAUGUUGCUGCAAAUACUGUUCUGUAUAUGUAUUGCAAGGCUGUACAUGGGGAGCUUGCUUGGGAGAUUGCUGAGGAACUUGCUAGGGAGUAUAUCAGCUUGCCUUUUGAUGAUGCAAAAGUCCCUCACCUCGUCUCCGUUGCUUAUACUUGACCAAGAAAAAAGCAGAUGUCUUUGACAAAGUUGGUUGUAAGGGGGACAAUUAUGGUUUUGGCCCUGUGCCAAGGGAGUGUUAUUCCAAAGGUUCAAAGUGAAACCUUGGAUGUUUAACCUCAAAACGAAGGAGAUUUAUGGCGAAACAUCAUUGUCUUCGGAAAGUGUGAACUCGGCAUUCUCAAGUAUUUCAAAGUCUGUUAAACAUGGUUUUUGUUGCCUUCUUCACUUUCAUUAUACCAGAAGUUGACAGGCAGUUUCUACAUUUGAGCCUGGAACAUUAUUUUGCAAGCGCAUUUCAUUUUUGUUAUUGUUAGAUUUGUUAUGGAUAAUCUUAGCAGGAUUUGUAAAGAACCUUUCCUAAUUCGAGUUAAUCAAUAACAAAAGUUCUGGUUGCUUUUAGCCUUUUUAGAGGUGAA